AUGGGAUCACUAGCCAGAACGGCUUUCUCUGCCACUAUUCCGUGCCACGAGCGGCCAGAGCUCCUAACCCCUGGACUGAUACAAGCGGUACACGCCAAGCUGAUGCGCACAUCCAAAGUGAAGAUCAAUGACCCGAUGGUCGGAGGCAUGCAUUAUAUCAAUGCAGGGUUCACCCGCCAAACAACACAGAAAUCGGUGGUGAGACGUAGUCAGCAGUAUAAUCUCGCAUUUUGCCCUGCCGAGCGUGUGGACCAGCAGCUGGAGUAUAUAUGUCGGAUGGGGAAGCAAUACAUUGCACGCUGGAGGAACCCAUUUGCGACAGCUGCUUGGCUUCAUGUCACUUUCGUUAGAUGUCAUCCAUUCGAUGACGGAAAUGGUCGCAUGUCACUCCUCAUCUCGUCCAUCCCGCUGAUGCGUCACGGAUUCCCGCCGCUCUGCAUCACUCCAUCAUUGAGGAGUGUAUAUUAUGAUGCCUUGAACAUUGCCUGGGAAGGCGAUUUCCAGCCCCUUAUCAACUGCUUCGUGGACUCGGUGAACAACAGUCUCGAGGAAGUACAGCGGAUUAUGGGCGCUGCUUAA